AAAUGACGGAUUUCUUAUCCCAAAUUGUUGGCAUGUGUUCAAAUUGUUUGACCAGUUGAUUUACAUUGAUGAAUCCCAAUGGACUGUUGCAAGUAUACAAGAAAAGAACAAAAAGUUCUAGUGAUCAUUUCUGAAACAACUAAAAAAGGGAGAACAUACACUGUACUCCUUUGAAAGGAUUUUACCCUAAAGGGUUGCAACAUUAGAAGGAGACUUUUCAACAAAUGCUGAAGGAGUAAUGACAAUGACCACCAUUCUUCCUAAUACCUCGUUUUCCACAUUAGAAGUAGAAAAUUUAUCAUCUGCAACUGAAGUAUGUCAUGGAGUACCAUUGUCUAGGUACCAUACCACCCUGAUUCCUGCCAUAUAUAGUAUUAUCUUUAUUUUUGGGUUCAUCGGUAACUGCUUGGUAGUGUCCGUUCUGUGUCUAAGAAUAGGACGCAAAACUGUUGCCAACACUUACAUACUCAGUUUGGCAAUUUCUGACAUAUUUUUCUUACUGAGUCUACCAAUGUGGGCUGUGUACUACUCUUUUAGCUACAACUGGAUUUUUGGGACUGUUAUGUGCAAAGUCUGUGGCACUGUCUUGUGUAUCAAUUUAUAUGCCAGUAUAUUUUUUAUUACCUGCAUGAGCGUGGACAGAUACCGGGCCAUAGUACACCCCUUUCAGUCCCAGAGCAGUCGGAGAUUGUGUAGGGCGCGUACUGUGACAUGCAUUGUGUGGGUACUGGCCAGCCUCUCGUCUUUACCCACCAUGUAUUUCAGAAACACUUAUGAACUGAAACAUGGAGUCACAGCCUGUGUAAUGGAUUUUCCCCAGACCCAUUAUUCUGAAUGGUUUGCAGGAAUGGCUUUAAUGAAGAACACGUUGGGCUUCCUGGUUCCCUUCACAGUGAUUGCCAGCUGUUACCUGGGCAUUGGCAAACAUCUACUUGGGACUCCAGGCCUGGAGCAAACUUCCGACAAACGAGAUAAGGUUCUGAGGAUGGUGGUGGCUGUGGUGUUGGCAUUCUUCAUUUGUUGGGUUCCCUUCCACGUCAUCACUUUUCUGGAUGUGCUGACCAGGCUCAAUGUCAUAACGAGUUGCAGGGUACAAGUGUUGAUCGACACAGCAGUACCCUUCACACUAUGCAUGGCUUUCUCUAACAGCGCAAUCAAUCCCUUUCUCUACUGCUUUGUGGGCAACCAUUUCAGAAAACAGUUAAGCCACCUGUAUGAGAGAAGGUCCUCUAAUCUCUCCCAGAAAAGGAGCUCCAUCAGUACCAGACUUAGCUCCUUCUCAAGGAAACUUAGUGACCUCAAGGACAUGGGAGCGCUUGAAACAUUUGUGCACAAAAGAGGAUCAGAGCAAAUUUCUGUUCAGCAGACACCAAUUGUAGUUUGAGACUAUGUGACUUGUUUUCAAAAAGGGAAGUUUUUUCUCCUGUGACGCUUGGAACAGUCACCACUUUGAGAAAGACACCACACCGGGGAAAGUCAGUAACUGGAGAGAGGACAAUGGAAGAAGAUUAUUCUGUUCUUUUACUUUAUGUUAUACUGUACAUGUACAGUACAUGUAAAGUAAUGACGUUUCAAGGUCAAAGCUAUUUCAAGGUUUUGACUUCAUGCAGGCAUUAUCUGGAUCAUUGAGCAAGUAUUUUUAUUUUGUUUGAGAGUAUGAUUGAUGUAUUUCCCUGAUUUACAUGGUGAGUGACAAUGCCUUUUGAAUAUGCAUAGCCUUUUAUAUAUUCAUAUAUCUUCAUUAAUUGUUUGACAAAGACUUCAGGGUAUCUAUCAACACAGUAGAACACAGGUACAGAAUAAUUUCUUGGGAUUGUGUUUAAACUAAUUUUACCUAUAAAAGAUUCAAAUGUAUUACAUUACUUUAUAAGAAAUACUUAAUAUAUGCAUUCAUAUACUAAAUAAGUUAACGAUUCCUGUAUUAUUUUUUACUCAUUUUCUUACUUUAGUAAUUGUGAUGUAUUGAACAAUUUUGCUGUUGCUUGCUUAGUGUUAGGUCUUGAUUUCAGGUAGUGUGAAUUCUUCAUCUGCAAGUUUAUUACUUGUCUUGUAUGAUAAAGCAGAUCCACUGUCUUCUCUGUCUUCUGCUUCCAUCCCUGCCAGAGAGCACAUUACGUGUCCUCCUUAGGUUCCAUCAUUCCUAUUUAUUAGAUAGUAAAAACAUUCAAAGGGUUACAAAUGAGAGGAAACCUUUCAGCCCAUUCAAUUUAUUGAUUGGUAUUAGUUAAUCAGAAUAUCCCCGUGUCAGCUUUCAUCACAUGGCUAAGGUAGUCUAUUCCAGACUAGUAUAAGUCUUUUAACUUAAAGCUAAAGUCUUUGGGGAAAACUGAAUCAGGGAACCCUGACCCUUGUGCUUUUUAGUCACAGUUUUUUCUGGUUUGAAUUCUAACCGUUACCUAAUACAUAACUGAACAAGAUAUUGACUUACAGUACUCAGUCUAGAUUGAGUUUUGUGUUUAUAUUUUGCUAUUGAUUAAGAUAACUAUUAAAUCCAAAAGUUGUUGCCAUCACGUGAUACAUCAGUUGCCAAUGUUGUAUGAACUCAGUAUCAUAAAUAAAGUGUCUCAGGCACAAAAUGUGUAGUUGAAUGGAAAAGUACAAGACAGACUUUAAUCAUUUUACCCUGUGAGAACAAUCCCCCGAUCUCAAUCCUACUGAAAAUCAAUCCUACACACCACUACCCUCAUCACAAAAGGUGAUUGCACUAGACCAAAGUGUAUGGGAAUGGGUUGGAAAUCUUUCAAACACUUGGAGAAUACAGCACGCUUUUCUUAUUACUCACAGCAACCCAGAAUGUUAUUAAAUGAAACCUGAUAUUCUUUUCAUUGAUUGUAAUAAUCAAAUUCUAAUCCCUCAUUCUUUGUUCUGUUUAAUUUUAGACAAAUUAGCUGGCAAAAAAGGUACUGGCAAGUGCAAGGUAUAUUUACUUAAACAGAAAAAAUAUAUAAUACAUAUACAUAUAUAGAAGGCAUGACAAUAGUCUUAAAUUCCAAAAAUACAUUUGUGGUUUAUUAGCAACCGUAUAAAUUAGAGAAAAUCUAACAAUUUAAGGUUAGGUCACUGAAAAACCAGAAGUGUUAGUCUGGAGACCACUAUCUUCCGGAUCUUAAAAACAUGCUUGAAAACCAACUUUAAAGCAUAACUGUUUUUAACAUUCUUUAGAAGGGUAGCUAGACGUGCAUUAUAUUGAAUUAUAAAAGUGAAGGUCUAUUGUUCUAGUAAUAGUCAGCAAUAGUCAGUUUACGAUCCAUUGAAUAUUGAUAUUCAGAUAUUCAGUAAUAGUGAUGCUUUGUUAACAUUUGGUUUAAUUUCAUGAUUAGUUUAUUAAACUUCCAUAGAAACUCAGUUGAAAUAAAUAAUAUCAACCAAAUUCCAAUUAAACCUUUAUCCAUACAACUAAAUAGAAAGCAUUAACAGUGUUAUCAUUGCCAAUCAAUCUUUUUUGAUGAAUAUACUAGUGGAGGCAGAAAUGUUUUAAUGGACAUCAUUAUAUUUCACCAGUUAUAUAUUGAGUUAAAAAAAUGUAGCAUUGCAAGAAGAGGUCAGGGGAAUUUGAUGUUAGUGCAGUACAAAUCCCCUGUUACAUCCUUUCUAAGCAGGCAGGCUGUGUUGCAACAUGUAAGUCUUCAAAACUAUUCCCGUUUUGUGCCAAAUAAAUGUCACACUUAUUGCAAUA